UAUUUCCCUCUAUAACAUCUCAGAGGGAGCUAAGCACACAGCCUUUAUUACACCAUAUUCGCACGCAGUCGUGCGAUUUUAUUCACUAUUUUUCACGUAUGACUUUUUAUUUAAAUAUAUAUAUAUAUAUAUAUAUUUUCUAAGAGACUAAAUAUCGUGUUUGAACUCGGUGCUUGUGAAAUUACAAAGGGAUUAGAAGAAGCAAUCUCGCCGCCAUCCCGGAUGCUGCUGAGUGCCAUGAUGAAGUUGGUGUUGCAGGACUGAUGCCUUUCUGAGGAGCUUCUUAUCCAAGCACUAAACACAUUCUUCAGUCAUUUUGUCACUGCAAAUCCGUCGUUUUUUCCAAAUUAGCACACGCCUUUCUUAUCGUCUUCUGUCUGCGAGUAGCCUGUCUACUCCAGCUGAUAUUAAAAACAGUGAAUCUCCGUUGAAACGCGCUGCUUUUUUCUCACUAAUGCCGCGACGCCUGUCACUUAUUAUGCUUCUAUUCACAAGGCAAACAAAGCGACUCGUCGGUCAGCGGUACAUUUCCCUGAGUGGCAUCUAAUCGAAAAUACACUGAUCGAGACAGGGGGACAACGGGAAACUUCCGAAAGUACAAUUAAAGCAGGUUGUCAGCAUCAUGGCAAGGUCUAGCCAGGAGAGGUGAAAUGUUGAUAUGAUGCGGCUGUUCUUCUUCAGCAAGAGCUUCUCUGUUAUAGGCGGUCAUCAGGACUAAUGGCUGCCAUCGAGACCAUUCCCAGUUACAGCCCUUCAAUAUGGGUACAGAUGUGCCACGCGCUCCCUCGCUUCGAUCUGACCAUGCAGAUGCGAGACAACGUAUUCACACCUGACAGCUGGGAAUACCAACAGACUCUCCUGGUUCUGUCCAGUGUUUCAGCCAUCGCUCUCAUCCUCUCGCUUCUUGUUGUCCUCUCCUUCCUUAUUCACUACUGCUGCUGUCACCGCGGUGAUGCAGGCAGGGACGAGGAUGAGGAAGAUGACGAUGCCAGUGGUGGUCAUGGAUACGGUGGCAGGAAGGGGCGGCGCAUUUGCUGUGUCACAUGGGUGUCUGUGGCAGCUGUGACACUGUGCUGUGUUGCUAUAGGCUUUGGUUUCUACGGUAACAGCGAGGCGAACGACGGGAUGUAUCAGUUGACCUCGUCUCUGCUCACUGCCAAUCACACACUGUUUUCCAUCGAUAUGCUGGUUUCAGACACCGUAACAGCUCUGCGGCAGUCCAUCUCAAGCCCCUUGACCUCGCUGGAGAAUGUGUUUGGAACAAAUAGACCUGCUCUGGUGUCCACUCGGUCCUGCAGACGUCUGUCUGAGCGUGUGAUGUCCCUUCUCUCCUCCCUCACUCUAGGAAAAGGGCUGAGCUCUGUCAAUUUUAAUGCAAGUGAUGGCAUGGUGGGGGUCGUGACCCCAGUUUUCCCCUCUAUGCCCCAGGCUGUGAUCUCCAGCUCAAACAGUGCCCCUGCACCCUUCUCCCCAGGGUGGGCAGCGAGCACACUCAUGGUGAAUGAAGACUACAGGUGGCUCUCCUAUGUACUGCUGCUUCUUUUGGAUCUGGUGGUGUGUCUAUUUAUUCUUCUAGGCUUGGCCAAACAGGCCCGAUGGCUCCUCAUUCUGAUGACAAUACUGGCCUGGUUGGCUCUGUUUUUGAGUUGGGGUUCUCUUGGCUUGGAGACAGCCACAGUGGUGGCACUCAGUGAUUUUUGCUUUGACCCAAACACAUUUGUUCUCAACUCUACACACUUUAAUGCCGGGACAAGUACAGAAAUCCUGGAUUACUACUUGACCUGCAGCAGAAAAAUGACCAGCCCCUUCCAGCAGCUGCUGACCCAGUCCCAGAGAGCUUUGUCUAGCAUUCACACCCACCUCUCCAGUUUAGAGAGAGAUUAUCUCCCACGCUUCCCCAAAGCAGACAAGCCGCUGAGGGAGGUGCAGCAGAUGCUCAACUCUACCGAGGGAAAUUUCCACCAGCUGGUGGCGCUGCUCAACUGCCGAAGCCUCAACAAGGACUACAUGGACUCUCUGAAAGGUCUGUGCUAUGAUGGGAUGGAGGGAUUGCUCUAUCUCUCUCUGUACUCAUUCCUCUCUGCUCUGGCUUUCACUGCCAUCCUUUGCUCCCUUCCUGGAGCCUGGAGGAGCUUUUCCAGAGACUCAGAGGAGUAUGACGACUCGGACAGCGAGAGCGAGGACCCCUUCACGUCCCAUCAGGCACGUAGACAGACGGCCAGGGGGUCCCAGCGCGGGGCCUUGCCCCCCUUCUAUAGUUACCAGGGGGCUGGCUGGACAUCCCCCUUUUCUAGUGCACCUCCGUUGCCGACUCCAAACACUUCCUCCAAUGGCAACCCUGGUUAUGAGAGCCUGCCUCUGAGUGACAGGCAGUCCCCACCCCCCUCUUACUCUCCCAGCAUGCUGACAGGCUAUACGGGUAGUCAAUCACACCCCAACCCUGCCCAUUCAAGGAACCUGUACUCGCGCUAAUUUGUAUGUAUAGUAUUAAAAAAAAUGAUAUAUCUCUAUAUAUAUAGCAAAUGUUUAGUUUUAAUAUGGAUGGACACUUUACUGAGAGACUAAUUUAAAAGACAUUGGAAUGCUAGAUGUGUUAAAAAAAAAAAAAAAAAAACCUGCAGGACGUCAGGACCAGUGCGAUUUUAAAAGAAGAAAGAACCAAACGAAAGUUUGAUAUGAGUCUGAAUUGUGUAAGACGCCCCAACCUGUUCAGUGUCUUGUUGACUGGAGACAGGAAAGCGGAUGGUACUGACGUUACCAGGUUGACGUUACUUUAUUACUCUAUUUUUAAAUGUAUUACUACUUUGUUUUGGAGGUUUUUUAUAUUGUAUGCUAAGUCACAAACACAUGAAAAUAAUGGCACAAUUUUUCUGUAUGACAGCUCAAUGGGCACUGGAGUUUUGUUUUGUUUUGUUUUCUAAAUAUUUGACCUUUUUUUUUCUAUAUAUAUAUAUAUAUAUAUAUAUAUAUAUAUAUAUAUAUAUAUAUUAUAUAUAGAUGGCUAUUGUGUAUUAUCUUGCAUACCCUCUGAUACUAUAUAAAAUACCACAUUACUAUAUGAUACGAAUAUAGUAUAUUCACUGUAAAUUCUGUAUGUUUGAGGGUUAAUGCACUUUGAUGCUCAAAAAUAAGGACGAUAACGAGAGAGCUACGGUUGUUCCAGCCUCUCAAGCUUCGGCUACGUACAGAAAUAAAAAUUUCCCCGACAGCAUUGCAGCCAAACAACGUCUGCCACUGACUGCAGUGCAGUAGCCAUAAUGUACACAGCAAUAAUACUGUUUUCUUAAUGAUGAAGCACACGUCUGCAAAUUAGGGUCAAUGUUCUAAAAAACAAUAUAUCUGUAGAAAUAAUGUUACAGCUUAAAAAUGAUUUAGAAAUAAAUAAAAUCAUUCCUAAUAAAUCACCUAAUAAAAAUCUAAUCUAAUAUAUAAAUAAAAAAUAUAUAUAUUGAUAACAGUUGUUUAAAAUUAUAAAUAGAUUGUCCAUCUAAUAUAAAUCAUAAUUUAUUUAUGACCUAUAGAGAAAGUGAAUAUUCCUGCAAAAUAUUCAGUGGUCCAAUGCACAAAUUUGUGCAAAUGUGCCUAUUUUUAUUUUCACGUUUCUACAAAUAAUUACAUUUUUACGUGUAAAGUAAUACUAUACAGAUUGAUCAUUGAAGUAAAAAAAAAUAUCUGCAUUUAUUUUGGCCUGAUAAUGUCAGUCUCAACCAGGCAAAUUUACUGUCAAGUCAUUUAUUUUUAAUAACAUCAGAAGUUCUAGUGAUAGGUUUUGUUCACAGAUUAGUGCUAAAUGUGCUGACUAGUUGAAGUGUAUCCACCCUAAUUUGCAGGAUUGUUCUCUCACUUGAAACAAGUAAGAAACAAACACUGUGUGUUAUGUCGGUGUGUGUGUGUGGGGGUGAUUCAGGGUCCUCUUGAGAUGUUCUGUGUGUAUGUAUACACAUAUAAAUAUACUCAAUUUGCCAUUGCAUUAAUCCUGCCCUUUCCUAUCCUACUCUUAUUAAUCCAAUAGCCCUGUGUUUCUAUGGUUUUAAUGCUCCUUUGAAUGGCCUACUUUUUCACUACUGAGACUAAAUAAAAAUAAAACUAACAAA